UCUGCCGUUAUUCUUUUCAGAAAGGGACUCUACAAAGGAAUCCCAAACCAUCAUUUUCAUGGGAAGACGGUCGGUUCUCUUCCUACACUCUUUACAAAACAUGUUCUGGGAGCUAUUGAAAGUUACCAUAGUGACUGCUCAGCUUCUGUGUCAUCAAGUGGUCAGACUACACAAGUAGGUCUCAAUAACUCAUGGUCUGGAAUCCAGAGUUAUGCAACUGGUCUGUCUACUGAAAGAAGCUCAGUUUACUCUUGGAGAGAUGAUGAGUUUGAUAGGGUUAACACCCAAAAAGUCCACCAGCUGUUAUGGGAUGUUGCUGAGAUGUUAUUUGAAGGCAAGGUGAGUUCCAGAACACAAGGCCUACAGAUGGAAUGUAAAGAGUGGACCAAGCAUUCACCCCAUCUCAGGAUUUUGGGAAGCCAGUUAGUAUUACCAAGAGAUGAAGGAUUUCAGCACGUUCAGAAGAGAACAUCCAGUUCUAAAACAAUUCCAUCACCAAGCUUCCUGGACAGCACCAAUGACAUGAAAGAGCUGUGCCUUUGGGGUCAGAAGCUGGUUGCAACACACUCCCCAGUGCACAGUGCAUUGGGCUCCAGAGAGACUUCAUGUUCAGACCCUUCCCUCUACUCCUUCCUAGAGGAAGAGAUUUAUGAAGUGGAUGGGAAAAUAGAGGAGUACUUUGCUUUUGAUACUAAAGAAAUUGAUGACGAGGGCUUGGAAUUUAGAAAAAUUCCAAAGAAAUGUAACCGGGGUGUUCCUCCUGUUUCGCCUAAGGCUUGUAUCAAAGAUGCCGUCACAGCUGAAGUGUUUGAUGAUGUCUGGAGGGAUGUGGUGGAAAUUAUAGGAGAGCUCAUAAGGAAGCACUGGGAGAAUGAACUCACAGAUGAGGAUACACAAAUGGUUAACCUAGAAACUCCAGGUGGCAAAUUGUUACCUGUGCCUGCAUCCCAUGUGACAGUCGACACCUUCAGUAUUCCACCUUCAAGGGGCUCAGAGUCAAGGAGUACAUCCUUCUGGUCAAAUGUUACCCCAUCACAGACCUCUCGUAUGUCAAGUUCGUUCCACAGUAGUUUGAAAGGUGUUAUGACUAUACAAGCCAAACCCCUGCAACAGAGGCAUGCUGGAUUAACUGAGAAGACACUUUGCAACCAAGAUGAGAAGCACCUAAGUAUGGGUCCCAGUGUUCUGACCUCAGCUCGGAACCGACUGGGCCGACUGCAAGACCACAGUAUUUUAUCUUCAUCCAAAAGGAUGCAAACAGCUUCAUGCAAACCAGUAGCUCAGCGCAAGCUGACAGUGCUCAGCUCAGAUGCACUCCGGUCCAAGACCCGCAACGCUUACAGAGAUGAAGUUCUCACAGGAACAAAACUGAAAACUGGUACUGGUUGCUUAUCCUCCCCGUCGGUACAUACUACAAGGAAAAAACAUUUGCCACCCAUUCAUUUAGAAACAUUGGAAAAUAAUCUGUCAGUGCCUCGUAAUCUGCUGCGUAGAGGGAGGAACCCACACAGCAGAGAGUCCAGGGCCGUUCCUGAAAGCACAGGUCAACAGCCUCUCGGGGAACGGCCCAUUGCUUUGGACCAUUCCUCAAGGCCAAAUACAACACACACUUUCAGGUCGGACACGCCAUUUAAAAGGUCUUUCACCCCUUUGGAUUUUGCUUGCCGCACUCGGACCGGGAGAGGAUCUUGUACAGCUGACCAUGCGUGUAUCGGUGUGACUGGAGUCAGCGUUGGAAUUUCUUGUUCCGGUUCCAGUAACUUCUCUGAACCUCUGCAUCAUCAACAACGGCAGCUUUUAAAUCACACCUUCAUUGAGGGUGAAGAAGAGAAGUGCCAACCACCAUGGGGUCCUCAUCAGCCAAGAGCUUUAAAUCGGAAUCUAACAUAUGGAAAAAAGAAAUUUCAGAUGGUCUCGUCAUGAACUGUAUUCACCUAAACAGGGACAGGGAACACAAGAACACCAAUUUUAUUUACUCAAAUAAAAAAAUAAACAGCACAUGACAGCUGAUGUGUGUAUAUAUACAUAUUGUACUUUUUUAUACAGUAUUGAAAGCGCACUUUUGAUUUUAUUUUGUAAAUGCUUUUGUGUAUAACAUACAUUAAUUGGGUGGGUGUGUAUUUGCAAUAUGGGAAUAUAACAGGAUUAUAAUAUGUAACCCUAUGUUGCAUGUCAUGACUACACUAUACACACACACACACGCACACACAAGUCCUGCUGUUAUAUAUAUAUUUUGCUCAAAGAGCCAACUUCCCAAUGUUUCAGUAUUUUAACAUACCUUUGUCAUAUAUAUAUAAUGUGCUUGGUUUGCUACUUUAGGGGGGGCCUGGGUCUCAUCCCCCCAGCUGUACUGACAGGCUCACUCACUCACUUGCACAGGCACUUAGGACAUAGACAAAACAGUGACACAAAACGAUACAACACAUAACACUUAGUACAGAUUGCUACUAUAUAUAUAUGUAUGUGCUCCUUUUCUGAUUUUAGCACUUUAUUUUCAGGAUCAAGUUAUUUUUUUUUAUUAUUCAAAAUUAAUAUAUUAUAAGAAUAUUAUAUAUUUAUGUACAGUGUUUGUAUCUGUUUUUAUUAUUAUUUUAUUACAUUUGGCUCAUGCCCUGCCAUUUGUUUUAAUUUAUAGUCAUAUAUUCUCAUAUUUAAUUUUUUUUUUUUUUUUAGAACUAUGCAGAACAAUCAAUGUUGUGGAAGCACUUUUAGAAUUUAAUUUACUUUCAAACUGCAGUCAAUUGUACUGCUUUCCUGUACAUCGUGACAUUUGAUUUUACAUCUUUAUUUGACCUGAUGUCUAUGGAAAAACAUUUCAAAUUGUGUAUAUGUGUUUAUGCUACACCUCUUGAGAGAGCUAGCAUUGGAUAACAUGUUAAACAACUACAUUGUGCAACAUUAUUAGUAGAUUUACAUCCUAAAACUAUAGUACUCCAUAAAAAGUUAAUGGUGUAUGCUGUAUAUAUAAAUGUAUUUUUCUGUGCCAAGAAAACCCUUUUAGCCCAUUCUUGCACUCAUUGAAAAUAAGAAAUACGUUUUCAUAUUCUGAACCAUGAAGUUAAUUUAAAAGAAUAGUUUUAUAUUCAAAACGUUUGAUAUUGUUUAUUCAAGUACUGUAUGCAUGUCUUUUGUAGCUUGUGAAGAUGUUACACAAGCUUUUGUUGAGACCUAAUACAAAUAUUUAAGUUAUACCUAGUCAUAUCUUUCACAGUUAUCUUUUGUUUUUCCCUUCACAAAGAGCAGGCGGUAGCCAUAAAAAGGGUGUUUUAAAGAAUAAAGUACAACUAUUGUAUUAUGUCCCCAAUAAAAAUGACAUUUGUUUUUCCAUGUGGUUUUUAAAUGGAUAUUGUACGUGUAACAUACACAAGCAAUAGUGUCAGAGUUUUAAAAAGUGCUUGUUUUUGGCCAUUUGAAAGUACUAAACAAAGCCCCACUGUGUCAGUCAUGUAAAUCAUCUGAAACCAGGCCCAGUUUCAUACUGUAUUAACGACUGUAAAGUUUGACCCCAUUUGUUCUGCAGGGAGAAAAACAAUAUUAACAUUUAUCAACCAAGGAGAAAUGAAAUGCAAUACAACAAUAAUGUUUUUGCAUGUUAACAGGCAGUGUUGUGUGAUGUACUGCCAUUGCAAAUUGACCCCUGCUACUUAGAUGAUGUUAAAAAGUUCUAGUCUGACUCUUUUAUGCAGCAGUGAAGACACUCGGGGUUGGUGUGCACGUUCAUGGGAUAACAGCCAGACUCAAAUUAACAGACACUACAGACCCAAAUCAUCAGGAGAAGCAGACAAAGGGGAAUGCAUUUCAAAAUGUCCUGUUCUGAUUUUAGUGAUCCCAGUUUUAGUUCAAGAGCACUUGAUAAAAAGGAGGUGUCAUAGAUAUCAGCUGAUGAAGAUGAUGAGAAAUUAGUUAUUAGUUGCUGUUAAUAAUAACUACUUAUAAAUGAACAUACUGUAAACAAUACAUAUAAUAUUGUAAACGUAAUUGUCUUUUUUAAAUAUUUUGAAGUGUGAAUUCAAUGUUUUGUAUGCUUUGUAUUUUUUAUAUAAUAUUCUUGAGAUCCAUCUUUUUUUUUCUAGAGCAUGUGAAUAUGAAUUACAUAAUGCUUUAUGAUGUAUCAAGCAAAAUCAGUUGUUUUAUCCAAAAUAUGGCCUCUGGAUGCAAAAAGGCACCCCAAUGGUAGAAUGACCCAUGUAUUGAUCAUGUAGGAAGCUGCAGAACCCUUCACACAAUAAAUAUGAGUACAUUUAGAGCUGAAGUGACGAAAGAAAGAAAUAUAUGUUGGUUUUUAGUUUAAUUGUAAAAUUAACAAAUUAAAAGGACGUCAUAGAAAUGUUUUAAACAAUAUAUCAAUUUAGUAAAUAAAUACCCAGUAUAUUAGUUCAUGUCCAAAUAUCAAAUUGCAUUCUGAAGUGCAGCUUAUAACCCCUGGCAUCGUCACACUGUAUUCCAUCCAAAGGUCAAGUUAAUUGUCUGCCGCGGAUUAUACUAAACAAGUCCCAGCAACAGCAGUAAAUUGAUAAGACAUUGAGAAAGGAGACAUGCACAAAGAUUUGAAAUGACAUGCCCAUGAUGAAACGUAAUAUACGUUGGCCCAUGGCUUUGUCCAUUGGAGCUCGAGCCACCCCUAUACGCUGGCCGAACUAUGAUGUAAUGAACAUUGACUGAAACAAGAAAAGAGGCUUAUUUAGUUAUUUUUGCCCCCGAGAGGAAUAAAAUUAUACCUGUGUCAGCCUGAUUGAGGGACUCCUGGGGGUCAACAUUGUGGAGCAGUGUGGAGUAGUGGUUAGGGCUCUGGACUCUUGACCCGGAGGGUUGUGGGUUCAAUCCCAGGUGGGGGACACUGCUGCUGUACCCUUGAGCAAGGUACUUUACCUAGAUUGCUCCAGUAAAAACCCAACUGUAUAAAUGGGUAAUUGUAUUUAAAAAUAAUGUGUAAAAAAAUAAAAUAAUGUAAUUGUAUGUAAAAUAAUGUGAUAUCUUGUAACAAUUGUAAGUCGCCCUGGAUAAGGUCAUCUGCUAAGAAAUAAAUAAUAAUAAUAAUAAUAACAUGAGGCAGGGCUGAGCUAGGACCCUUUUUAUAGAAGUAGGUACUUCCUACAUUUUUCCAAAAUUCCGCUCAUUUAAUAGGACAAUAGGCCAAUAUAAAUAAGCCAGUCCUCUUUUGUUCAUAAUUUAUAAUAUUUUUUGUUUGAAAAUGAGCUGUGUAAAAGUCAAAAUAUUUUUUAAAACGGGGUCAGUUAAUAGAACCAGUAUGUCAGUUUUAUUGAAUAUAUUGAGCUGAUGUGAAUUUACAUCAGUUACUGAUCAGAGUUGGAAUCUUGUUCUUCAUCAAAUUCAGAAUCAUUUACAAUAAUUUGAACUUUGUAAGGAUUUUGGCAGCAAUCUUCAUUCAUGCAUCCACAGGCUUAAGUGCAGGCAAGUCGGUUCCUAGUACAACUGCAGUAACUUUUGCACUCAGAUUUCCUACACCCACAUGCAACUAACUGUAAAAGUGUACCAGGAGCUGCUUGCUGUGUCAUUAGUAUUGCCACCAUUAUACAAGUGACAUUAUUUUGGUUCUUGUAGCGCAACAGAUACUCAUCACCAUCAGGUUCGUCACCAUACAGAGGUCUCUCCACAGCACUGAAAGCAUCCAAUGAUAACACCAUAGUUUUGCCCAAGUUUUGUAGUCCAACAAAAUUAGCAAGAUUUUUAGAAACAGUUCUCAGUGGCUUUACUUUCCGAAUUCCUGCCAGUGCACUUAUUGAGUCACAACCUGUGAUAGCAUACGGUGCAGGGAACAUAUCACACAGGUUUGAACCACAUGUUUUUGCAAUGGUAUGUGAGGAAAUCAAGCACUGAUUGUCCUUUAUGCCAGUCCUUAGCCAAAGUUCCUGGCUAGCCAGUUGUGAUGCAAAAUGCACACAAAGAAUUCCUACAUCUGAAUCUGGUGACAACAUGGCUAGUCAUGGGCAUGUAAGAAGAGACGUGUAUCUGCUUCCUCAUGUGUAAAGUGCUGGAACUUCUGUAACACUUUCUCUUAACACAGACUUUGCCAUCACUUUGUCAUUAAAACCACCUGCAAUGACUAACUCCUUCCCAGGGUCCAGGGUUUUACUUGCUACAUCACACCAUAGGUGUGAUAGAAAAGCUGCAAAGUACUCCUUGUUGCAUGGAUUGCUGUAGAAUUUGUGUAGGGUCAUGGGUAGCUUGCUGCACAGACUGUGGAUUUUUACUCAACUGCUGUCUUAACCUUACUUUCGAUUUCGUUACCCUGCUUUUAUUGAGUCCUCAUGAUCGUAUCGAUCAAAAACUACAUCCAAUCGAACACAGCUUGCAACUUGGCCAGUAGGGUGUCUAAAAGUCUCUUUGCAAGCUCGCCAAAUGUAAUCCCAAUGGUUCCCUUUAUCAUCUGCAAUAGUCAAAUGCCGUCUACCAACCAGCAUGUAGGUGUGUCAAUUUGAUCAUCAGAUUUGCUUUGUUUCCACAUUUUUUUUAGGUACCAUUUAAAUGAGUGACACAGGGACACUUGUGAGCUCAUACUUAAAUACCUCCUUUAGGUCAAUCACUCUGGCCAAAUAACUCACAGUCAGUGUAAAGUAUCGUGGUCAAGUGGCUAUUGCAGGUGGCAGGAAACAGUCAAAAGUCGAGAUUAAAAUGCUAUAAGCUUUUAUUUAAGCCUCAAGUGAAAAUUGGCAGUACAAAACACUGAUUAUUAACAAAAUCAAAUCCACAAGCCUGUAUUUAACACAGAUAUUAUACACAGAUACUCAGUCACUCCAGCCUCACUGGAGUCUCAAAUAGUUCUUCAAAUGAGCUCUACACAGAUACUUAUACCCUCCCGUAUCACUAGCCCCUCCCCAGGGCUAAUCCACUACACGUUCAUUAAAGUAUAGUCUUAUAAAUGUUACAGUAUCUGCAUUAACUGAUUCACACUUAUUAAAAUGUUAGGGUAAUUUCCCUUGGUUUAAACCUUAUUUACCCACUCUCAACAGUUCAGCAUACUAUAAUUAAAACCCAAACCAAAGGAUAUAUUUUCCAUACAGGAUGGUUUAAACCCAGCUUUUAUAAUCUGUCUUAAACUCAUUUUAAA